CUCCAAUCGCCGCGUGCCUGUCCGCAACUCAGAGGGGUAAACACGGGGGGGGACCGAACUGAGCUCAACUAACUCAACCAAACGACUGGGGACCGUGCAGCAGCCAACAUGUCGCAGCAGGCAGUGAACGGGGUCCCGGCCCGGAGCAGGGUGCUCACCGUGGACAACAUGAACCCCAACGUGAAGCGGGUGGAGUACGCGGUCCGGGGUCCGAUAGUGCAGCGGGCGCUGCAGAUAGAGAAGGAGCUGAAGGAGGGGGUCAAGAAGCCGUUCUCUGAAGUCAUCAAGGCCAACAUUGGUGACGCUCACGCCAUGGGACAGAAGCCAAUCACAUUUCUCAGACAGGUCUUGGCUCUGUGCGCUUACCCUGAACUCCUGGAAGACAACAAAUUCCCAGAAGAUGCCAAGAACAGAGCUCGGCGCAUUCUCGGUGCCUGUGGAGGCCACAGCAUAGGGGCCUAUAGCGCCAGCCAGGGAAUCGAGUGUAUCCGCCAGGACGUGUCGCAAUACAUAGAGAGGAGAGACGGCGGCAUCCCCUCCAACCCUGACAACAUCUACCUCUCCACCGGGGCCAGCGAUGCCAUUGUAACUAUGCUGAAGCUGCUGGUGUGCGGUGAAGGCCGCGACCGGACAGGAGUGAUGAUCUCCAUCCCUCAGUACCCUCUGUACUCGGCCGCCCUGGCCGACCUGGGCGCGAUCCAGAUCAGUUAUUACCUGGACGAGGACAAGUGUUGGAGUCUGGACAUCGCAGAGCUCAAGAGGGCUCUGAACGCUGCGAGGGAGCACUGCAACCCCCGCGUCCUGUGCAUCAUCAACCCUGGAAACCCCACCGGUCAGGUCCAAAGCAGGCAGUGCAUUGAAGAUGUGAUCCGAUUUGCUAAAGAAGAGCAUCUGUUUCUCAUGGCUGAUGAAGUCUACCAGGAUAACGUGUAUGCAGAGGGCUGCAAGUUUCACUCAUUUAAGAAGGUGUUGUUUGAGAUGGGACCAGAAUAUUCCAGCACAGUGGAAAUGGCCUCUUUCCACUCCACCUCCAAGUGCUACAUGGGAGAGUGUGGCUUCCGCGGAGGCUACAUGGAGGUGAUCAACAUGGACCCCGAGGUCAAGGCCCAACUUACGAAGCUGGUGUCGGUGCGCCUGUGCCCGCCCGUGCCCGGACAGGCUCUCCUGGACCUGGUGGUGAACCCCCCGCAGCCCGACGAGCCCUCCUACACGUCCUUCAUGAAGGAGCGGACGGCGGUGUUAUCGGCUCUGGCAGAGAAGGCUCGGCUAACGGAGCAGACCUUCAACACAGUCCCCGGAAUCACCUGCAACCCGGUGCAGGGCGCCAUGUACACCUUCCCCCGCAUCACCAUACCUCAGAAAGCCAUCGACAAAGCCAAGGGGCUGGGGCAGGUCCCUGAUAUGUACUACUGUAUGAGGCUGCUGGAGGAGGAGGGGAUCUGCCUGGUGCCCGGCAGCGGCUUCGGCCAGCGGGAGGGAACAUUUCACUUCAGGAUGACUAUUUUGCCCCCGACGGAGAAGCUGAAGGUGGUGCUACAAAAGAUCAGCAACUUCCACUUGAGGUUUACGAAGGAGUUUUCUUAGAAAGGGUCUCGUGCCUCUGGACUGCAUCUCAAGACGAACCACUUCCCUCAGUGCCAGUAUCUUUUAUGUGCCUUCAGGUGAACGACGCUGCAGCAGCGGUCAUUCACUACUUUAUAAAUGGCCUGUUUUUACACAAGAGAGAUUCUCCUUGUUCAGGUAGUAAAAACCAAGUAGAACCUGCGCAUGCAACAUGCAUGUGAAGCACUUUCAUGUAUUACCAGCUUGUCAAGUUCAGAAAGGUCCUAUCCUGUUAAUUGUACGUGAUUAUCUAUGGAUAUCUGACACAUUCUUGCGUCAGAAAAGACUUUAAAAAUCCAAGACGUUUAUUGCCAAAUAGAACGAAUUUAAUGAUAUUAGGUGAUUACCUUGUUGGCGGUUAGAAGAUGCACUAUGUUAGUACCGGCUACAAAGUGGCAGAAUGGAGCCAUUUCUUUUACUAAUUGUUCAUAAAUGUAAUUAAAAUCUUUUUUUCUGAA